AAAGACUUAUCUGGUGAUUACAUAGUUGCCAACGCUUCUGAUCGGAUAUUACACAGACCUUUUUUGAGAUUAUCUACUGGCGAGUUACCUCCUCCGAAUUCCGAUGCAGUUCUUAGGAUACAGAGGAAAGAAUACAAUUUGAGUGAUGUUCGUGCUACUUCUAGAAAAAAGUGGUUGAAAAAGCAAUUAAUCUCAUUGAUUAAAGCUGUCUCUACCUGUGUUCGAAAUCGUCAAAUUCAGAUUUUAGAGGACAAACGAAACCUUUUAUUGAACAAGGUUUCCAAGACAUGUCAGAAGCAACCAAGUUCUAAAACAUCGCAUCUAAACAAUUCUGUAUCCUCUGUGAAAUCUAGCCAUUCUCUUCUCUCUGAACUCCAAGAUUGUGAAUCAGAACUAUACCAGAUUCAUCUUUUGUCUUCAACACCUCCAAAGUGGUUAAUUUCAACAUUGGCAUGCAUGGCAUUCAAUGAUUCUGGUGGGUGUAUCCCUCAAGAUAUCUUUAAGAAGAAUUAUGGUCACAAACUUAGCAAUGAAAGUUCUUACAACCAGUCUGCUCGAAUUUGGUAUGAAUUGCUUUCAUCAGCUGAUAGCAUUAUUUCUCCGUCUGAUUGGACUGAAAUAGCAAAUUUAGAGAGUAGAACAUGUAUAAGUGAUACUAAUGCUCGAUUAACAUGGAUUCAUCGUCUACAACCUAAUACUAAUCGUUCUAAAUGGUCUAUUGAAGAAGACGAACGAUUAACAGAUUUAGUAAAAGAAUUUGGUGAACAUGGUCGUUGGGAAGAAAUAUGCAAAGCAUUAAACACCAACCGUACUGCUUUUGUAUGUUUUCAACGUUGGCAAACUGUUCUGAAUCCUAAUUUUCGCUUGAAUCGUCCAUGGUCCACUUCAGAGGAUAUUGCUUUAAUUGAUAUCUUGAAAAAUUUACUUCAAUUCUAUUCACCCGGUCUAAUGGAUUGGGAUGUUGUUUCUGCUUAUCAUUCAACUCGAUCAGCUAAUGAAUGUCGUUCACGUGCACCGAUUAUUUGUUCAGCAUUUAAAAAUGUCAACCCAAAAGUACAGACAGUUCUAGACCCAUACAUGAGUCAAAGUAUCAAUCAUCAAGUAUCUUCUGUAUACGAUCCAUUUUCGCUUGCUGAAGAUUUACAACUUUUGAUGGCCGUCCAAAGGUAUGGUAUUGCUGGUGGACGUAUUGGUCGUGGUGGAGGUAUAGGGAUAGGUUCUUGGGCAUUGGUUACUACUGCUUUACCAGGUCGAAGUGCAUCCUCUUGUAGAAAACGGUACAUAGAACUGUGUGAGCAAUUCCAACCGUGGACAUGUUAUGAAGACCACAAGUUAUAUCAUUUAGUUCUCAGUUAUGGACCGUAUACUUCCAUGGGAUGCUGGAGAACUGGUCCAAGUUUAC